UAUUAUUGAGAGGGAGAGAGAAAGUGAUGAUUAAAAAGGCAUGGUCAAGACAAAUUGAGUGUUAAUUUACUUUUCUCUCACUUCCUUCUUUUUCUCUCCGUGGUGAUCCGAGUUGGUAACUCAUCAAACGAGUUCGCCACGCUGACUCGGUUGUACAGGCGGCUAUUCGUCAUUUCGCCACGCAUCAUUCUUCUCCACCCAAUCGAAUAUCUUCCGAUUUCGUAACCACCACCACAUCUUUGAUCUCUUUCCUAACACACUUCUUCUGCAACUUCAACACAAUUACACUUUAAUUUUCUUUCUCUGCGUUGAUUCAUAGAUCAUGCUUUCGUAAUCGUAAGCAAAAUCUUCGAUAAUAAACUAGUUGCUCUUUUUUUUUGAAGAAUUUGUUUUAUGAUUUGAAGAUCCUUCAAUUCAAUUACUAGCUUUGGUUGUUUUGGAUUGGAUUCAAUUAGAGAGAGUGUUGAAUUCGAGAACGAUCUGUUCCGAAUAAUUAUUCUUGUUCUUCACGGUUGAUCUAUUUUUAUUCGAGGAGGAUUGUGUAAGUCUUGUUGUGGAUUAUAGAGAUUUUGGAAGUAUGGUUAGCGGCAACAUUUUUCACUGUAGAAAGAAUUCGUGGCCUCCUGAAGAGUAUAUCAAUAAAACCACUUUACAGUUGUUUGAUUUUGAUAGUGCUGCUCCGCCCGAACAUGCUUGGAGAAGGAGAUUAAAUAGCCAUGCCAAUCUUCUUAAAGAAUUUAGAGUAACUUUUAUGGAAGCUAUAAAGAUGGUUCGAUUAGGUAUACGCAUGUGGUCAUAUGUUAGGGAAGAGGCUUCACAUGGAAGGAAAGCUCCUAUAGAUCCUUUCACUCGAGAAAGUUGCAAGCCAUCUGCAUCUCAAGGAGUUCCACUUGGAGGGAUGGGGAGUGGUAGCAUAUCAAGAGGAUUUAGAGGUGAGUUCAGACAAUGGCAAAUCAUUCCUGGUCUAUGCGAACCAUCACCUGUCAUGGCCAACCAGUUCUCUAUUUUUGUUAGUAGAGAGGGAGGAAACAAAAGGUUUGCAUCAGUUUUGGCUCCUGGUCAGCAUGAAGGUUUAGGAUCUAGCAAGAAAGCUGACGAACAAGGUAUAUCAUCAUGGGGAUGGAAUCUUAACGGCCAGCACUCAACUUACCAUGCUUUGUUUCCCAGAGCUUGGACUGUUUAUGAUGGUGAGCCUGAUCCAGAACUAAAAAUAUCUUGCCGGCAGAUAUCCCCUUUCGUACCACAUAAUUACAGGGAAAGCAGUCUACCUGCUGCUGUUUUUGUCUAUACGCUGGUAAACACUGGUAAGGAAAGAGCUAAAGUCAGCCUUUUAUUUACUUGGGCGAAUUCUAUUGGUGGAAACUCUCACUUGUCAGGAGAUCAUGUGAAUGAACCAUUCAUAGCUGAAGAUGGCAUCUCCGGUGUACUUCUAUAUCACAAGACAGCGAAAGACAACCCUCCUGUUACUUUUGCUAUUGCUGCCUGUGAAACACAGAAUGUUAGUGUUUCUGUUUUACCAAAUUUUGGGCUGUCCGAUAGAAGUAGUGUAACAGCAAAAGGAAUGUGGUCUAAAAUGGUGAAGGAUGGGCAAUUUGACCGGGAAAAUUUCUCUUCUGGACCCAGCAUGCCCUCAUCACCUGGAGAUACGCUAUGUGCUGCUGUUUCAGCUUCCGCGUGGGUGGAACCCCAUGGAAAAUGUACUGUUGCAUUUAGUCUUGCUUGGUCAUCUCCUAAAGUAAAGUUUGUCAAAGGCAGCACUUUCCAAAGGAGAUAUACAAAAUUUUAUGGGACUUCUGAUAGAGCUGCAGUGGACUUGGCUCAUGAUGCAUUGACACAUUAUAAACGGUGGGAAGAAGAGAUUGAGAAAUGGCAGAAUCCUAUUCUUAAGGAUGAGAAGCUACCAGAAUGGUACAAGUUUACAUUAUUUAAUGAACUCUACUUUCUUGUUGCUGGAGGAACAAUUUGGAUUGACACUCCUUUCCAAUCUUCAAAUAUGAGGAAUAGUCAGGAUCAGGUCAAAGAAUCAGAAAAUGCAGUAGUCCAAUUAACUGAAGCUAAAGUAGACUGCAGAAAAAGGGAAACAGAUAGUACUUAUGAUUCUACUGCUUCCAGGGGGCAUAAUCACUUGGAUGAAAAUUAUAAAGAUAUAUCCCAUGAAAAUGGAUGUGUGAAUACUCUCAGAAAAGGAAACUCCACGAACACUCUGCCUUGUUCAACAAUGAAGAACCUGCAACAUGAUGAUGAUAAUGAUGAUGGUGGAAGGUUCUUGUACUUGGAAGGUGUGGAAUACGUCAUGUGGUGCACAUAUGAUGUGCACUUCUAUGCUUCAUUUGCGCUUCUUAUGCUCUUUCCUCGCAUUGAAUUAAGUAUACAGCGGGAGUUUGCUCAAGCUGUUCUGUGCGAAGAUGGAAGAAAAGUAAAAUAUCUGGCAGAGGGAAACUGGGGUAUUCGCAAGGUUUUUGGGGCUGUCCCACAUGAUUUAGGGACACAUGAUCCGUGGCAUGAAAUGAAUGCUUAUAACAUUCAUGAUACUAGUAAGUGGAAGGACCUGAACCCAAAAUUUGUACUUCAGGUGUAUCGAGAUUUUUCUGCAACAGGUGAUUUGCAAUUUGGAGUUGAUGUGUGGCCUGCUGUCCGUGCUGCAAUGGAGUACAUGGAGCAAUUUGAUAGAGAUGCUGAUGGUCUUAUUGAGAAUGAUGGUUUCCCUGAUCAAACAUAUGAUACAUGGACUGUCCAUGGUGUGAGUGCUUACUGUGGUGGUCUUUGGCUUGCUGCUCUUCAAGCUGCAGCUGCAAUGGCCAUUCAACUAGGUGACAGAGAUUUUGCGGAAACAUGCAAAAGGAAGUUUCUGAAGGCUAAACCGGUAUUUGAACAAAAGUUGUGGAAUGGUUCUUAUUUUAACUAUGACAGUGGAUCAAGUGGUAACAGUAAAUCCAUUCAAGCGGAUCAAUUGGCUGGGCAAUGGUAUACAGCAUCCUCAGGGCUGCCCUCUCUUUUUGAUGAUUUCAAAAUCAAAAGUUCCCUUCGGAAGGUUUAUGAUUUCAAUGUGAUGAAAGUUAAAGGCGGCAGGAUGGGGGCUGUAAAUGGCAUGCAUCCCAAUGGUAAGGUGGAUGAAACCUGUAUGCAGUCUCGAGAGAUAUGGACAGGUGUCACGUAUGGUGUUGCUGCAACAAUGAUACUUGCAGGAAUGGAGGAGGAGGCCUUCACAACUGCUGAGGGUAUAUUUCAAGCAGGCUGGUCAGAAGAUGGAUACGGAUACUGGUUUCAGACUCCAGAGGCAUUGUCAAUUGAUGGGCACUAUCGGUCCCUUAUAUAUAUGAGGCCACUGGCAAUUUGGGGCAUGCAAUAUGCAUUAAGUCUGCCAAAGGCAGUACUUGAGGCCCCUAAAAUGAACUUCAUGGACAGAAUCCACCUACCUCCUGUUAGUGGAGGAUUACAUAACGAAACAGGUAACUUCUUCACGUUGUUACGGACCCAACCCUCUCGUAGAGAAGCUGUUAAAAACGGAUGUCAAGGGUCGGGGUUCAGUUGUAACUUGUAAUAAUAUAUAGCCUGUCCUUUAGGCUGAAGCACAAAGCAAAAAUCCCAAAUAUUUCAGGUUGAAUCUCAACUUUUCAUUAAUAGAUAGAGAUGGCGAUGAUUGGAUUCUAGAAAACUUGGAGAUAGAAACUUUGAUUCCAAUGUCGUGAUUUUGAUUAUUCAAAAUGCAAUAUGUUUAAAAAGAUGUAUGAUUGAUUUCUAUCAUAUUUUUAGGAGAGAGGAUGCAGACUGAAAUGAUAGUAUCUGAUAAUUUGAUAUAUUUGGUAGGUCAAAGAAGUGUCCUUCCUUAUUUCA